UUAUUAUUUUAGAGCAAGUGGCUCGUGAGCGCCCUUUUCGGCAUCGCCAUUAUGUGGAAGCAUGAUCCGGUGACCAUUUGGGCGGCCAUGGGAUCCUUACUGAAUUCGCUGCUGUCAACCACGCUGAAGAAGCUCUUAAACCACGAGAGGCCGUCAGCUCUGAGAACAGAUCCUGGAAUGCCCUCCACCCAUGCUCAGAUCAUCUUCUAUGCGGUCGUCUUCUCCAUUUAUUCAGCAAUGGAAUGGAUGGGAGUGAAUGUGAGCUCGGUUGUUGUUGGAGCUGCUAUCUUCAUCUUUGGCGCUUAUCUG